CCCAGCAGCGCCCCCAUGCUGGAGAUCAUCGAGCAGCCCAAACAGCGGGGCAUGCGCUUCCGUUACCAGUGCGAGGGCCGCUUGGCUGGCUCCAUCCCGGGGGAACGCAGCACCGACACCACCAAGACCCACCCCACCAUCAAGAUUCACAACUACCAGGGUCCGGGGAAGGUCCGGAUCUCCCUGGUGACGAAGGAAGCCCCCCAUCGGCCUCAUCCCCACGACCUGGUGGGCAAGGACUGCAAAGAAGGCUACUACGAGGCCGAGUUGUCUCCGGAGCGCUCCAUUCACAGCUUCCAGAACCUGGGAAUCCAGUGCGUGCGGAAACGGGAUCUGGAAAAGGCCGUGACCAAGCGGAUCGAGACCGGGAACAACCCGUUCAUGCCGAUGGAGGAGCUGAAAGGAGAUUACGACCUGAAUGCGGUCCGACUCUGCUUCCAGGUCUGGAUUCGAGAUACGGGCACGGGGCACUUGAUUCAGCUGCCCCUGGUGGUCUCCCAACCAAUCUACGACAACCGUGCGCCCAAUACAGCCGAGCUGAAAAUUUGCCGCGUGAACCGCAAUUCGGGGACCUGCCUGGGGGGAGACGAAAUCUUCCUUCUCUGUGACAAAGUGCAGAAAGAGGACAUCGAAGUCCGCUUUUUCAAGGAUUCCUGGGAAGCCAAAGGCUCCUUCUCGCAGGCCGACGUCCACCGCCAGGUGGCCAUUGUCUUCAAGACGCCGCCCUACGCGGACCAGGCCAUCCGCGAACCCGUGACGGUCCAGAUGCAGCUGCACCGUCCCUCCGACAAGGAAGUUAGUGGCUCCAUGGAGUUCCGUUAUCUCCCGGACGAAGGCGAUUUCCAUCGAAUCGAGGAGAAGCGUAAAAGGACACUGGGCACCUUCAAGAACUUUGUUCAGAAAACACCUUUUGCAGCCAUGCCAGCCUUUCUAGGGGCAUCAAGCCAGUCGCCUCUGCGCCCGAUUCAGAAGCCACAAAUCCUGGCUCAGCCUCCUGCCGGCUUCUUCGUCGGGUCCAGCCACUCCACCCCGCCGCCUCCGGCAGCCGCCGCCUCCAGCUUCAGCACGGUCAACAUGGAGGACCUGUCGUGCCUGGGUGUCUCCCCGCAGGCGCCGCCCUCCUCCAUGGACACCGAAAGCAGCAUCGCCGACGCCUUCCUGCACCUCCACUUCGAAGGCGCGGAUCCCCUGGGGGGCCUUUUGGACGACGCCCCCUACAGCAGCCUGGAUAGCAUCAACACCACCGAGUUCCGGCAGCUGCUCAGCGAAGGAGCCGGCCCCAUGCCGCAGCCGGGGGACCACCAGGCGACUCUGCUAACCUACCCAGAAUCCAUCACUCGCUUGGUCAGCCAGCGGAGGGCGGGCGGGGAGCCCGGCGGGGACGGUGGGGGGCCUGCCGGUUCGACCAACAACAGCUUCCUCAACGGCCUCUUGGGGACCCUUCCCGCUGAGGAUAGCUUUUCGUCCAUGGUCGACUUGGAUUUGAACUCGAUUCUCAACUCGUAA